AUGAGGGGCGAACAAUUACCCAAUUACCCCAACUUUCAAAAACACCAGAUCUCGGAUAUGGGGGCACCGAUUGAAAAUGCCAGAAUUCUGGCAGUAUUUCCAUUUUCGGGACCCUCACAAUACAUUUUGGUCAAACCCUAUUUGAAGGAGUUGACCACUAGAGGUCAUGUAUUGACGGUUAUCAAUGGCUAUCCUUCAGAAGAAAAUGGAGAUAAUUAUAAAGAUAUACCCUUAUUAGAGGUACAUGAAAUACAAAAAGCCUAUAUGGAAGGUGCUGUUUUGAAACGCAAUGUAUGGUCUGAAUUAACUUUUGUUUCAGACUUGUUAUACAAUAUCAGCGAAGCGGUAUUGAGAAAUGCACAAGUUCGAAGACUUCUCAUUGAUGAAACCUUUGAUCUGGCCAUCGUCGAAGCUGUCAAUACAGAUGCCUUAUAUAGUUUGGGUUAUCACUUUGGGGUACCCAUUAUAGGGGUAUCCAGUUAUGGCAAAGACAUUAUCAUUGAUGAGAUCAUGGGUAAUCCCACACCUUUGGCCUACAUACCAUCCAUGGCCACAGGCUUUACUCACAAAAUGUCUUAUGGCCAACGUCUGCAGAAUGUUGUGGUUCAAAUGUUAGAACUACUGCAUAAUCGUUGGAUACACUUACCUCGGCAACAGAAUUUGUUGAAUUUAUAUAUGCCUCAUAUAUCAAAAACGGUGCAAACUAUGCGUAAAAAUAUUUCUCUUUACUUGGUGAAUCAACAUUUCUCUCUAAGCUUUGCCAAACCCAAUGUACCAAAUAUCAUCGAAGUAGGAGGUUUUCAAAUUCCCACUAAAACAAAGCCCUUGCCUAAGGAACUAAGAUCAAUUAUAGACAAUACUCUAUAUGACAUCAUAUACUUUUCCAUGGGAUCCAAUGUGAAAAGUAAGGAUUUCCCUUCGCAAAUAUUACAAAUGUUUAAUAGAGUCUUCAGCCAAUUGCCCUACACUGUGCUGUGGAAAUUUGAAAAUCACGAAUUGCCUGGAAAACCUUCAAAUGUGCAUAUAAAUCCUUGGUUUCCUCAAAUUGAUAUAUUGGCCGAAGAAAAAGUAAAACUUUUUAUAUCUCAUGGUGGUCUGCUUUCAACCUUUGAGGCUGUGCAUUAUGGCAAACCCAUUUUGGGGUUACCCAUCUUCUUCGAUCAACAUUUAAAUGUCAACAAUGCCAAAGAGAAAGGUUUCGCUUUAGGAUUGGAUGUGACAACAAUUACUGAACUGCAAUUCAAAAGUAGCAUUUUGGAAUUAAUGGUAAAUCAAAGUUAUAGUGAAAAGGCCAGAGAAAUAUCGCAGAUAUAUCAUGAUCAACCUUUAAGGCCAAUGGAUCUGGCCAUUUAUUGGACUGAAUAUAUUUUAAGACAUCGUGGCGCUGAGCAUUUACAAAGCCCUGCCAAGGAAAUGGAUUUCCUUCAGAGCAACAGUAUAGAUACAAUUGGUGUUCUAGCGAUAAUUGUUGUAUUAACUACCUGUGUUUUUAUUAUAUUAUUAUUAUUUCCAUUUUCGGGACCCUCACAAUACAUUUUGGUCAAACCCUAUUUGAAGGAGUUGGCCACUAGAGGUCAUGAAUUGACGGUUAUCAAUGGCUAUCCUUCAGAAGAAAAUGGAGAUAAUUAUAAAGAUAUACCCUUAUUAGAGGUACAUGAAAUACAAAAAGCCUAUAUGAAAGGUGCUGUGUUGAAACGAAAUGUAUGGUCUGGGAAGGGAAAUCUGCCCGAUAUGGUACUCAAAUGA